AUGGUUAAUAUCGCAAACGCGAUUACCCUUUCAAGAAUUCCAAUGCUUUUUAUGAUUGUUGGUUUUCUUUACUCUAAGAAACCAUAUUCAGCUACAAUUGCAACCAUUAUCUUCUUCUUUGGAGCUUGGACAGAUUGGCUCGACGGAUACUUAGCCAGAAAGCUUCACAUUUGCUCCUCCUUAGGUGCCUUUGUUGAUGCAGUUACAGACAAGAUAUUUAUGAUCGGUAUCUUCAUUACAAUGCUCCUAUUAAACAUUGUUCCACACUGGACAUUGUUUUUAAUCAUUUUGAUUCUUCUCCGUGAAUUCCUUAUCACAGCAUUAAGAGCUGUAGCUGCAACACGCUCUGUUGUAAUUGCUGCAGAAAAGGCUGGAAAGAUUAAGACAGUUAUCCAAAUGGUUUCUUCAAUUACUCUCCUUGUUUGGUUCACAUUCAUCAAGGACUACCCAGAUUUCCUUUCCACGCAAAUAACUGAUGGACUUCACAUUUUUGGAAUUAUCCUCUUCGCUAUUGCUACUUUCAUGACUGCAUUCUCUGGUGUUAAAUACAUCAUUGAUUAUCGUGCAGUUCUUGUUGACCUAUAA